AGAGAGAGAGAGAAAAGAGAGGGACAGAGAGAGAGAGAGAGGGAGAGAGAGAGAGGAACUGGAGGAGGGGAUAAGGAAACUAAACCCUUUAAGUCAAUGCAUAUUGUGGUGACACCGGCACAGGAGCCCUCACGGUGGAGUCGGCCAGGGCUGUGCGUUCCCAAAAUAUGACCAGGGGUGCCUGGAUGUGUCGGCAGUAUGACGACGGCUUAAAAAUCUGGUUGGCAGCACCCCGGGAGAACGAGAAACCGUUCAUCGACUCAGAGAGGGCUCAGAAAUGGCGACUGUCUUUGGCAUCUCUCUUGUUUUUCACAGUCCUGCUCUCUGAUCACUUGUGGUUCUGCGCCGAGGCCAAACUGACCCGGACCCGGGACAAGGAGCAUCAGCAGCAUCAUCAGCAGCAGCAGCGACAGCAGCAGCAGCAGCGACAGCGGCAGCAGCAGCAGCAGCAGCAGCAACAGCAGCAGCAGCAGCAGCGCCAGCGGCAGCAGGAGCCCUCCUGGCCCGCGCUCCUGGCGAGCAUGGGGGCGUCCUCGCCCGCCGCCCAGGCACACAGACUCCUCUCCGCCCCGUCGUCGCCCACCCUGCCUCCCUCCCCGGGAGACGGCGGCGGCGGCGGCGGCAAGGGCCCCCGAGGCAAAAAUAACCGGAGCAAGGCUCCUUUUCUAGGAAACUCUGCCAAACCCCUGUGGCGCCUGGAGACGUGCUACCCCCAGGGCUCGUCCUCGGGCCAGUGCUUCACGGUGGACGACGCGGACGCCGUGUGCGCCAGGAACUGGAGUCGGGGGGCGGCGGCCGCGGGCCAGGGGCAGGCGGCGGGGGGCCGGCGUCCAACUCCGCUCUGGAACUUGUCGGAUUUUUACCUUUCGUUUUGUAAUUCCUACACACUUUGGGAGUUGUUCUCGGGAUUGUCCAGUCCCAACACUUUGAACUGUAGUCUGGAUGUGGUGCUCAAGGAGGGUGAAGAGAUGACUACCUGCAGGCAGUGCGUCGAGGCUUACCAAGACUACGACCAUCACGCUCAGGAGAAAUACGAAGAGUUUGAAAGUGUGCUCCAUAAGUACUUGCAGUCGGAGGAGUACUCGGUGAAAUCGUGUCCUGAGGACUGCAAGGUAGGAACAGCGGAUGCGCACCCUCUUCCUGCGCUUUUCUAUCUCGUGGCUCGGCUGAGAUGUCUUUUGGAGUUUUAA